GCGAUUAGAUGAAGGGCGGGGCUUAUGGGAAUACGGGUGGGGAAAAGUAACGUCCUUUUUGUGUCAGUGCUGAACUUCGAGGAAGUGUUGGAUAAUUUCAACAAGGCACUGUUUCACCUGCCGAGCAACGAUGGACAAGUUGCGUCGUGUAUUAAGUGGUCGAGAGGAAAAUGAAGAAGUGGGACUUACAGCACAGAUCCUGGAUAGCACAACACUCAGUUUCGGCACACGGGUGAAGUGGUUCGUCAUUUGUUUCGCAGGAGGGGUCCUGUGCUCAAUACUUGGAACUGCACUCCUCUUCUUGCCUAAUACUGGUGGUAAAUUGUUUGCUGUAUUCUACACCCUUGGAAAUAUUGCAGCACUUUCAAGCACCUGUUUCCUGAUGGGCCCUUUCAAACAGCUGAAGCGAAUGUUUGAGCCCACCAGGCUUAUAGCCACCAUUAUGAUGCUGCUAUUCCUUGUGCUGACAUUAUGUGCAGUGUUUUGGUGGAACAAAAAGGGUCUGGCGAUCAUCUUCUGCAUUUUGCAAUUUUUGGCCAUGACAUGGUACAGCAUCUCCUACAUUCCAUUUGCACGGGAUGCUGUUAUGAAGUGUUUCACCUCCUGUUUGAGCUAAAGCAUCCAGUAAUUCAUCUGACGACCAGUCCUGCAU